AUGAUAUUGAUUGCUUUCCUGCUAAUAUUUCAAGUUUUAUUUGCUUCCAAAGUUAUUCAUGGUCAAUGUACUAGCAAUGGUACAUGUGUUUGUCACUGUGGCAACUGUACUUCUGGAUGUGACGCCUGUUUACCUGGAUGGAGCGGAUCCACAAUCAAUCAUUGCCAAAAAUAUAACACUAUUUACGGCAAAGCCUCUACGAAUACAGCACUUCUGGAUGGCGAUUUUGAUACUUAUGUUGAGGAUAACAAUAUUCCUCCAUAUAUACGCGUUGAAUUCCAAACUUUUUUUAAACUUAGUCAAGUUGACGUUACCCUUGAACUUGCAGAAAGGAUAAUCUACACGGUGUAUGUUAAAAAUGACUCAUAUAGAAGAGCUGACUCGAUGAUAUGCCUCAACUUCACAAGUGGGGAUGUCAGCAUGAAGAAAACUGUCACUGUCACGUGUAAUACACCACUUCAAGGAAAUUUCUUUGAAAUUGUUGCAUCAAGUUUUCCAGGUUUACCAAGAACAACUCUAAAAGUUUUCGAAAUUGAGCGCUUUGAAUGUUCAAAUGGCACGUACGGCGAAAAUUGUUCGGAGAUUUGCUCAGCAGGAUGUAACAAAGAGUGUGAUAAAGAAACGGGUGACUGCGUUUGUAGAAGCGGUUACUGGGGAAGCUUUUGUAAUAGAACAUGUCCAUUGCAUUGUAAUAAAAACCUGUGUGACUCUAAUACAGGCGAUUGUUACAGCUGUAAUUACGGAUAUUAUGGAGUGAAAUGCGAAGGCCGUUGUGCUGUGGGGUGUCUGGAGUCUUGUAACGUGACAUCAGGCUUAUGCUUUUGUAAACUGGGCUUUUAUUCGGCAAAUUGCUCGUUGCAAUGUCGAUCAAACUGUGCACGGAAUGAUUGUCUUCAAGAAACAGGACACUGUAAGUUUUGCAAUGAUGGAAAAUAUGGUGACUUUUGCGACUUGGAAUGUUUGGGUUCUUGCAGUGGAUCAUGUGAUAGAAGAAAUGGAAUAUGCGGGAUCUGUGGAAAACAUAGGUUUGGUACUAACUGUAAUCAGACAUGUCCAAAAAAUUGUGAAGAAGACAAUUGUCAUAAGGUCACUGGUGAAUGUAAAAAUUGUUUAAAGAAUACAUUCGGUACUUACUGUAAUCAGAUAUGUCCAAAAAAUUGUGAAUACAAUUGCCAUAAGGUCACUGGUGAAUGUACCAAUUGUUUAAAGAAUACAUUCGGUACUUACUGUAAUCAGACAUGUCCAAAAAAUUGUGAAGAAGGUUUAUGUGAUAGGGUCACUGGUAAAUGUGACAAUUGUUUAAAUAAUACAUUCGGUACUUACUGUGAUCAGACAUGUCCUGUUAACUGCGAAACAUGUGAUAGGAACGGUGAAAAAUGUACAAAAUGUAAAAAAGGAUACAUGGGAGAUGUAUGUUCUAAAACCUGUCCUGAUCAUUGUGGAGAUUGUGACCAAGACGGAUACAUAUGUAAAACCUGUGAAAAUGGAUGGUUUGGUAUAAAAUGUGAAACAAAUUGCGGCCGUUGUGGGGGAAACGGUUCGUGUGACAUUACAACAGGUGAUUGUCAUUUGUGUUAUGUGGGGUAUUUUGGGAACUCGUGCAAAAAGAAAUGUAACGAAUUCUGUGACUCAAGUAAACCAUGUAACAAGAUUACUGGAAAAUGCCACGACUGUAAACCUGGUCAAUAUGGAGAAUAUUGUACAAAAUUUUGUAGCAGAACUUGUAGAAACUUGAAAUGUUUUAGCAAUCAAACAUGCGUGGAUGGGUGUGCAGAUGGUUUCUUUGGUAGCUACUGCGAUAGUCCAUGUAGUGCCGCUGUUCCAAGUUGUAACCAAUGUGAGCUCGUCAACAAUGUUCUGGUUUGUCAACGUUGUGCUGAUCCAUUUUAUUUAGAGGGAUCAACUUGUAUUGAAUGCCCUGACUACUGUUCAUCUUGUAGCUCAAAUUUAAAAUGUCUGGAGUGUAACACUAAACGUUUCUAUGGCGACACUUGUAACCUAAUAUGUAACAAAGAUUGUCUGAACAGGACAUGCGAUAUAUCUGGGCAGUGUGUACAUGGAUGUGACGACGGUAAAUAUGGCAGUACAUGUGACAAGGAUUGUCCAAGCAGCUGCAGGACUUGUCACAAUUCAUCAGUGUGUUUGGAAUGUAAAGAUGGAUAUAUUGGCAAAUCAUGUACUAAGCAUCGUCCAGCAGUGAACAAUGUUGAUAAGAAAAACCAAAAUAAACGAUGUGGCAAAUGCUCUAAAUUCAUUAUAUCAACGAACGAAUUUCCUGGCUCUGGCUCAAACGGGUCACUUAGGUUUGCGGGGAUGUUAUCCAUCGAGGGGGUGUUGCCUGCUGAGGGGGCGCCGAUUCUUGGCUCAAUCCUCGAGGCUACUUCAUCGGCUUAA